AUGGCGGACAUUUCUGUUUUAUACAUCAAACGCAGUCAAAUCCACCAGAGGAAACGUGAUGCUAAAGGAAUGGAAAUAGAACCAAACUUCAGUGAUACCAAAAAGGUCAACAAAGGUAAUCUCGUCAUCAUUCAAGGAGGAGAGAUUGAUCGCCUCACUGAGGUCCAGCUGGAAAACCUAGUGACCAAGGAGGAUCUGGUGAAUGUGACAGGGAAAAACGGUCCCAGUGGGACCUACACUUUUUGGCACCCAGAGGGAGAGAUAGACAAGAUCGAACUAGAAACAGGCCAGGACAUUCGACUGAAAACCAAAGGCAAUGUUUCCUUGGCCAUAGUCGAUGGAGGCACAGUGACCAAGUGCAAUUUUGCAGGCGACGAAAAGGCAGGAGCAUCGUGGACAGACAAACUAAUGGCCAACAAAUCAGAUGUCAGCAAUGAAGUUGGAGGGACAGGGCGUGGAAGCAGAUGA